GCUUUAAUUUAAUCAGAAGGGAGGAGGGCAGCAGGCAAACUUUAUUCCCAGUUCUGCUCUGAAGAGGUUUGGAGAAACAGCAGGCUGAUCCAUGCAAGUUCUGUGCUUGUGAGUCCAGCUGUGCAUUUCCAGUUAUGAAGGGGGCCUGCCUCUUCUUCCUCCUUGGAUACCUGCUUGCGGCUGAAGGAGUCCAAUCUGCUGUGGCCACCAGACAAUUUCGAGAUGUGAUGAGUCGAGGAAGGGGACCUUCUCACACCAAGUUCCAUAGGGGGCUACACAGCUGGUCCUCAGAUCACAACAACUGGAAUGACAAGCUUUACCCAUACUGGGAAGAAGGAGAUCCCAGAUGGAAAGACUGCUGGAAAGGGGGAAGGGUUGUGGCCAGUCUGACCAGUGACAGUCCAGCUCUGGUGGGAUCCAAUGUAUCCUUUAACGUGAUCCUCAAGUUUCCCAGAUGUCAAAGGGAAGAUAAUGACAGCAAUAUAAUAUACGAUCGACACUGCAUCAAUGGUUCUUCUGAUUAUGCAAAUCUUCCCGACCUGUAUGUUUACAACUGGACUCAGUGGAUUGAUGAUUGCGACGGGCAGAAUUGCUCUCAUAACAGUAGUCACAAUGUGUUUCCAGAUGGCAGACCUUUCCCUCACCACAAAGACUGGAGGAGGAGAAACUUCAUCUAUGUAUUUCACACUCUUGGCCAGUAUUAUCAAACGACGGGAGGUUCUUCAGCUGCGGUGUCCAUCAACACAACAAAUAUCACGCUUGGAAAUCAAAUUAUGGAAGUAUCAGUUUAUAGGCGAAAUUAUCGAUCGUUUCAACCAGUAGCCACAGCAAAUGUUGUUUAUGUCGUAACAGAUAAAAUCCCUUUCUAUGUGAACAUGACCCAGAAGAAUGAUCGCAACGCCUCAGACUACAUUUUCAUCAAGGAUAUCCCUAUUACGUUUGAUGUCCAGAUUCACGAUCCUAGCCACUACCUGAACCGCUCUGCUAUAACCUACCGCUGGAAUUUUGGAGAUGGCAGUGGUUUAUUUGUUUCCAACAGUUCUGUUGAGAUGCACACAUAUAAACUUCUGGGAAAUUUCAGCCUUGACUUGACUGUCAACGCUCUUAUACCUGCCCCUUGUGGACCACCAACACCUCUUCCACCAGUAACUACCCCGCUGCCUUCGAAUGUAACUCCCAGCUUCAAUAGUUUAACAGAGGUGCCAACAGGACAGUCUCCUGUCGAAGGAUGCCAUAUUGCUCGAUCUGGACCUUAUAAAGCAUCUCUCUUCAUUGCAGAGGGGAUCCUUGGGGUCAAUAUUAUCCAGAUGACAAGUGUCCAGGUGGCAGCUACUGAGGUUGAGAACUCCAUGGUUGAUUUUGUGGUAACCUGUCAAGGGAGUCUUCCUACAGAUGCCUGCACAAUAAUUGCUGACCCCACCUGCCAGGUGUUACAGAGUGAGACAUGUGACCCUGUUGACAUAGAUGAGUGCCUGCUGACCAUAAGACGGACCUUUAACGAAUCCGGAACCUAUUGUGUGAACAUUACACUGGGUGAUGCAGCAAGCCUGGCUCUCACAAGUACUUUGAUAUCCAUCAAUGGAGCUGCAGGGUCAUUUUCAAGGACAGCAGAAGGAGUUCUGCUCGCCUGCGGUCUUUUGGUGGUUUUGGUUGCCGUCGCGACUUUUUUCCUUUACAAGAGAUAUAAAGAAUACAAGCCUAUUGAAAGAAAAACUGGAGACGAGGCCGGUAAUGAAGGACUGAGUGUUUAUUUCAACAAUGUCAAGGCUGUCCUCUUCCCGGCAAACAAUGAGAAACAUCCUCUGCUGAAAAAUAAGCCAGGAAUUGUUUAAAUAUUCAGUAUAAUUGCUUAUAUUUGUAUGCAUUUGGGGAUCUGCAUUAAACUGUCAUUCAAUGGAAGAAUACCUAAGUGUUAAAAUCAGGAUUUAUGUGGUAAGCUUGCAGUACUAUAGAAUGGCUGGUGUUGUGUUGACUUAGAAGUUUAAAAUGGCAUCUCAUGGAGAAAUUGAUCAUACAUUUUGCUUGCUUAUGUUCUUGAAUCUGCUAUGGUAUAUUAGCUAAUAAAUCAUUUAAGGUUGAUACGGUUUCCUAGACUAGUUACUCCUCCUGAGUAUCACUAAGUGUCUUUUUGGCAGAAAGUUUUUCUCCAAAUAAUUUUAGGCUGAAAUCCUAGCAAGUCAAGUUCCACCAAACUUGAGGGAGCUUGUUUCGGGGUAAACAUGCUGAGGAUCACGCUGUUUCAUUGGAAUUUCCCUAGUUCCCCUUGAUGGCAAUGUGGCUGCUUUGAAAACUGUAAUAGGUAUCACUUACCCCAAUGGCUUCAGAUGAAUAGUACAGAUACCCAAUAUACUCUCCAUCAGUUGAGCAACAUGCAGUUACAUGACUACCCUUGGUUCUGUUUCCUCUGCCAACUAUAUUCCUUAUACUUGAGAUACAUGAGAGCAGGAUCUCCCUUCUGCACCCAAAGGAGCAGUAGGCAAUGGGCACUGAAAAACCCAUGGCUCUGGUCCCUUGGGAUGUGUUUGUGUGCGGGGCUGUUUUUGAGUAGUCUACAUGCUGCUGAGUCUUCAGGCCACACUAGUCCCCACUUCUCUGCUCAGCAGAAUAUGCCAUGUGGUGUUGGCAUGGAGUGAUCCUAAAAAGGCUCUACAGUGUGUGUGUUUUUACUAGACAGCUUUCCUGAACAUCUGUGGUUUCGUGGCAAAGCGCUCAGCAGAAAGUGUGAGAAGUUCUCUUAGAAAUGCACCCUAGUACAAAGAUAUAUUUACACGAUUUCAGUCUGAAACCAGAGGACAAAGCAAUGCUUCCCUGGUGCUGCUUGCUUUUGUGCAAUAAUUAUGUUAUGCUAUCUAUCAAGCUGGAAAACUCACAUUGGCACACAGGACAAGUUGAUUCUACUACUACAUAAUCUGAGUUUAGCAAUGCUGUAAACUUUGGAAAUGUGCAGACUUUGAAAAUAAACAAUAUAUUUGGCUGAAAACUGCGGCAAGGAGGGUAGGCACAAUAGGCACAGUAGGAUUUAUGAAAUACUGUUAUGCAAUAUGCCAUUUAUAAUGCCGGAAGUUCUGAAGCCAACCAUAUAAAUUUUUAUGGUUGGCUUCAGAACUUUCUGCAUCUUAACAGCUUAUUCCACUAAAGAAAAUUAUGUGGAACUACCUACCUGCCUUCCUGGAAAAUGCAUAAGUGGUUUUUGAUUAAAUCUGUUCAGUAUAAAGCUGCUUGAUUUUGAUUUGCAGUUAUUUGGCUGCUUAGGUAUCUGCCUGAUCCUGCAGAUUGUGUAGAAUACUUUGCUCCACUUAUGUCCACUCCACACAGAGCUGCUGAAGACAUUUUAUAUCUGAGGCCAAGCCCUCCUCUCAACUACUGGGAUGAAGGGAGCACACAAAGGUUGUUGAAGGAUUUAGGAACUUCAGGAUAGAAGGAAGGGGGAAAGUCUUUUCUUUAUUCCUUUGUCUGCUUCCUGUCUUCUCUAUAAAUCAUUGAGAUGGGACAGGGAGGAAGAAAGGAGGACAAAAAAGAUGAGUCCUUUGCACCUUCCCUUUCCCACCUCACAAUUUUUCCAGGUGUUAAAAACAUGGCAAUAGCACCCAAAGUUGGACGCAAUCACUUUGCACUGCCUCAUAGCACCUGUUCCCCACCAGUUUAAUCUUUGCAGUGGUGUUUAUGAUAUAGGCAAGGUAGUGCCCUCUUUGAUAGCGAUGUUUUCCCUGCAGAAAUAGGCACGGUGAGCUCUAGAUGCAAAGAAGUACAGUUCUCUUGUAACUUUAAUAACGGUGUAGUUAUCAUGGCACUGUGGAUGUUAUGUGAUCUUAAGAGUACCGUACAGUCAUGCAGGCAAUUUAAGGUUAACAAUGAUGCAUUAAUGUUUUCAUUCCACACUACUGUUUUGCACCACAUGACUGGCAUGCCACCACACAGGUGUAAACAUCUUUUACUAAGUAGUAGGUGCAGCAUAGUUAGGGUUGCCAGACUCAAUAGAGGACAGGACUUCUGUGCCUUUAAUUGCCCUGCUCUCUUUUGAGUCUGGAAACCUUAAAGAGAAACCAGGAGACCCUUUGUUUAAUUUCCAAGCAGACUCUAUUGAGUCUGGCAACCCUAAGCAUAGUGGCAAGAGACUGAGCUGUGACUCUGGAAGACCCUAGUUUGCACCAUCUCUCUUUUGCAAUGAACUCAUUAAGUGGCUUGAAGCAAUAGAGUGGCUUGCAGGGUUGUUGUACAAAAUGCAGCUAGAUAAUGCAUGCUAAAUGCUUUUGAAGACUUGAAAGCACGCUAUAGAAGUGUUAAGUAUUACUGCUCCUAAAUUACUAAUGGCACGGAACUGGAAUGUUGGACGAAUGUUUACCUGAAUGUUGUUCGAUAAAUCUUCAGUAUUGCAAAGGACAGUUUAGCUGUGUAAAGUCUGCAUAAUCCGAUACUGGUUCUAAACAGAGGUAGCCCCACUGAAAUUAAAACGUCACAUCAGUACAUUCCUAUAUAUGUCUGCUCAGAUCAGAAGUCCCACUUACGUAGGUAAAUGGGGCAUACUCCCUGGUAAGUGUGCAGUCUUGAUAUAGUAUGAUGGGUCUACAAGCAUUACAGGAUAAGUAUAUUUUAAAGGUUUGGAAGUAUGAAUUAGUAUUAUCAACUUUUAUUUUUCUAUCUUGUACAAGUGGACAUACUUUUAUACAGAAGGCUACGAAGAGGAGGAAGUGUAAAUGAUUAUAGUUUUAAUGUCAUGGAAGAAAUUGUAUAUUGAAUGUGUCUUGCCUUACACUGAAACAUCACUAUUUCAGUCUGAGACAAGACAUAAUAAGAAUGAUUUGCCCCACUUAUUGCAACUCUGUUAAGUUGGAGUAAAAAAUUACACUAUUAUAGUUUGGCUUCUGUCUUUUAUAACCUACCAUUUCCUGGCAUGACUUAGAAAUGUAGUGUGUUUAAUAUUUUAGUCUAUGGAGAUCCUUGCAAAAUCUUACAGGUUCUUUGCGAAGAGAAAAUGUAUGUUUUCUGUUCUGUCUUUUCCUCUUGCAACUCUCAAUAAAGGUAUUGAUUUUAUCUAAUAUA